UUCUCCAUUCACUGAGGGACAAAGUAGCCAAGUGAGUAAAGCGAGGAGAAUGGAGCGCAUAAAUCGGCAGGAAUAACUCAUAUGUAAACUUUGAAAACUACAACAAACAAAAAUGGAUACGACCGUUCCAUUUCUUUUAUUUCUUGUUUCAUGUAAUCUGAGAGUUGCAGCUCAGUUUACCGCAGGAGGCUGUAACUUUGAUGAUGGCCCUGCUCAAUGUGAUUACCAGCAAGAUCUGUAUGAUGACUUCGACUGGACUCAUGUCAGUGUGCAGGAAGCUCCAUAUUUAUCAACAGAACUGCCGCAAGGGUCGUACAUGAUGGUUGACUCCUCGCAGCAUGACGCGGGUGAAAAAGCACGUAUUCAGCUUCCAGUGAUGAAAGAAAAUGACACCCACUGUAUUGACUUCAACUACUUAUUAUACAGCAAAGAUGGCUCAAGCCCAGGAACAUUAAACAUCUUGGUAAAGGUUAACAAAGGACCUCUUUCUAAUCCUAUCUGGAAUGUGACUAGCUUCACUGGCAGAGACUGGCUUCGAGCAGAGCUGGCUGUUAGUACCUUCUGGCCUAAUGAAUAUCAGGUUAUAUUUGAAGCGCAAGUCUCAGAGGGGAAGAUGGGUUACAUUGCAAUUGAUGAUAUCCAGGUUUUGAGCUAUCCAUGUGAUAAGUCUCCUCACUUUCUGCGACUUGGUGAUGUGGAAGUCAAUGCUGGACAGAAUGCUACUUUUCAGUGUAUUGCUACUGGGAGGGAGGCAGUGAAUAAUAAGCUAUGGCUGCAGAAACGGAAUGGGGAAGACAUUCCAGUGGCACAGACAAAGAACAUAAACCACAGAAGGUUCGCAGCAUCAUUUAGAUUACGGGAAGUUACAAAUCUGGACCAAGACCUGUAUCGCUGCGUGACUCAAUCUGACAGAGGAUCGGGAGUGUCUAAUUUUGCUGAGCUGAUUGUUCGAGAACCUCCUCGACCCAUAGCCCCGCCUCAGCUGCUUGGUGUUGGCCCUACAUACCUUCUUAUCCAGUUGAAUGCCAACUCUAUUUUUGGAGAUGGGCCUAUUAUAUUGAAAGAAGUGGAGUACCGAAUGACAUCAGGGUCGUGGAUUGAAACCCAUGCUGUGAAUGCUGCCAACUACAAACUGUGGCACUUAGACCCGGACACAGAGUAUGAGAUCAGAGUUCUUCUGACCAGACCUGGGGAAGGAGGUACUGGUCAGUCAGGCCCUCCUCUCAUCACGAGGACAAAAUGCGCAGAACCAAUGAGGACACCCAAAAGUUUGAAGAUUGCAGAGACACAGGCCAGAUUCAUUGCCGUGGACUGGGAGUCUUUGGGUUACAACAUAACACGCUGCCACACAUUCAAUGUCACCAUUUGCUACCAGUACUUCCAUAGUAAUAAUGAGAGCAAUUGUCUGGAUAUGGACCCCAAGGCACCCCGGCAUGUUGUUGGAAAUCUACCACCAUAUACGAAUGUGAGCCUCAAGAUGAUCCUUACCAACCCAGAAGGAAGAAAAGAGAGUGAUGAGGUGGUUAUCCAGACAGAUGAAGAUGUGCCUGGCCCUGUUCCCAGUGAGUCUAUGAAAGCUACGCCAUUUGAAGAUAAAAUCUUCCUCCACUGGAAGGAGCCUUUGGAGCCCAACGGAGUCAUCACUCAGUAUGAGAUCAGUUAUAGCAGCAUUAGGUCAUUUGAUCCUGCAGUCGAUGUGGCAGGACAUCCACUGACAGUUGCAUUGUCAUGGAACAGCACACACCAUGUAUUCUCACAGCUGCAUCCAGGUACCACCUACCAGUUCAUUAUCAGGGCCAGCACUGUGAAGGGGUUUGGGCCGCCAACCGUUGUGAAUGUCACCACCAACAUAUCAGCUCCUUCAAUACCAGAUUAUGAUAUGACUGAAACUUGUCUUAAUGAGACCGCUACCACUAUUACUGUAUUGCUGAAACCUGCCACGGCCAAAGGUGCUCCCAUCAGUGCCUACCAGAUUGUUGUUGAAGAACUGAACCCUCACAGAAAUAAGAGAGAGGCAAGUUCACUGGAUUGCUACCAAGUACCGAUCACCUUCCAGAGUGCAGCCAGUGGGGGUUCCCCAUAUUAUUUUGCUGCUGAGCUUCCACCUGGAAGCCUGCCUGACCCAGCUCCAUUCACAGUGGGAGACAACAAAACAUACCAUGGUUUUUGGAAUCCACCUUUGGCCCCGAGGAAAAACUAUAAUAUCUAUUUUCAGGCUGUGAGCAGUGUGGAAAAGGAAACAAAAACUCAGUGUGUGAGGGUUGCCACAAAAGCAGCAGCUACAGAGGAACCAGAGGUAAUACCAGAUCCAGCCAAGCAAACAGAAGUGGUGAAAAUUGCUGGCAUAAGUGCUGGAGUUCUCGUUUUCAUCCUGCUCCUCCUGGUUGUCAUAUUAGUUAUCAAGAAGAGGAGGAGCUACUAUUCUUAUUCAUAUUACCUCAAACUUGCCAAGAAGCGGAAGGAUGUCAUUGGAAACACCCGUCAGGAGAUGACUCACAUGGUCAAUGCAAUGGACAGGAGCUAUGCUGAUCAGAGCACUCUGCAUGCAGAGGAUCCCCUGGCUGUCACAUUCAUGGACUCUCACAAAUUCAACAAUAGGUUGCCCAAUGAUCCACUUGUGCCGACUGCUGUGUUAGUGCCAAUAACUGAUGAGAACCACACCGCAGCAGCAGCAGCAGAGUCGAACAGACUGCUGGAUGUGCCACGCUAUCACUGCGAAGGGACCGAGUCCCCCUAUCAGACCAGGCAGCUGCAUCCUGCGAUCAGGGUGGCAGAUUUGCUGCAGCACAUUAAUUUGAUGAAGACUUCUGACAGCUAUGGAUUCAAAGAGGAAUACGAGAGUUUCUUUGAAGGCCAGUCUGCUUCAUGGGAUGUAGCAAAGAAGGAACAAAACCGAACAAAGAAUCGCUAUGGAAAUAUAAUUGCAUAUGACCAUUCCAGAGUUAUUUUACAACCUAUGGAAGAUGACCCAUCCUCUGAUUACAUUAAUGCCAAUUACAUAGAUAUAUGGCUGUACAGGGAUGGAUAUCAAAGGCCAAGCCAUUACAUCGCUACACAAGGUCCAGUUCAUGAAACAGUGUAUGAUUUUUGGAGGAUGAUCUGGCAGGAACAAUCUGCAUGUGUUGUGAUGGCUACAAAUCUGGUUGAAGUUGGACGUGUAAAAUGCUACAAGUACUGGCCAGAUGAUGCUGAAGUAUAUGGAGACUUCAAAGUGACGUUUGUGGAAGUGGAGCCACUUGCAGAAUAUGUUGUCCGAACAUUCACAUUGGAAAGGAGAGGCUCCAAUGAAAUGCGUGAAGUGAAACAGUUUCAUUUCACUGGCUGGCCUGACCAUGGAGUACCUUACCAUGCAACUGGCCUGCUGUCAUUCAUAAGACGUGUCAAAAUGUCAAACCCACCCAGUGCAGGUCCCAUUGUUGUUCACUGCAGUGCUGGAGCUGGAAGAACAGGAUGCUACAUUGUAAUAGACAUCAUGCUGGACAUGGCUGAGAGAGAGGGAGUUGUGGAUAUUUACAACUGUGUGAAAGCUUUGCGUUCUCGACGGAUUAAUAUGGUUCAGACGGAGGAACAGUACAUUUUUAUUCAUGAUGCCAUUCUGGAAGCGUGCUUGUGUGGAGAGACAACAAUACCUGCUUGUGAAUUCAAGGCUACCUACUAUGAUAUGAUUAGAAUAGACUCACAAAGCAACUCUUCUCACCUAAAAGAUGAAUUCCAGACGCUGAAUUCUGUAACUCCACAACCCCAGCCAGAAGACUGCAGCAUUGCUCUGCUUCCCAGGAAUCAUGAGAAGAACCGUUUCAUGGAUAUGCUGCCUCCAGACAGAUGUCUACCUUUUCUUAUCACUUUAGAUGGAGAAAGUAGUAACUACAUUAAUGCCGCCCUUAUGGAUAGCUAUAGACAACCUGCUGCCUUUAUUGUUACACAACAUCCUUUGCCCAACACUGUAAAGGACUUCUGGAGGCUGGUUUAUGACUAUGGCUGUACUUCAUUGGUGAUGCUAAAUGAGAUUGACCUUGCACAGGGAUGUCCGCAGUAUUGGCCAGAAGAAGGAAUCCUCAGAUAUGGGCCUAUCCAAGUCGAAUGCAUGUCUUGUUCCAUGGACUGUGACGUGAUAAGCAGACUUUUCAGAAUAUGCAGUCUUACUAGACCACAGGAAGGUUACCUGAUGGUACGCCAGUUUCAGUACCUCGGAUGGGCAUCUCACCGUGAAGUACCAGCAUCCAAGAGAUCAUUCCUGAAGUUAAUUCUUCAGGUUGAGAAAUGGCAAGAGGAAUGUGAAGAAGGAGAAGGUCGAACAAUUAUUCACUGCCUAAAUGGAGGAGGACGCAGUGGAAUGUUCUGUGCCAUCAGCACUGUGUGUGAAAUGAUUAAGCGGCAGAAUGUGGUUGAUAUUUUCCAUGCAGUGAAAAGUCUUCGUAACAGCAAAUCAAACAUGGUGGAAAGCCCAGAACAAUACCGCUUUUGCUACGACCUGGCCCUUGAGUAUUUAGAGUCAUCUUAAGGGGAUCAAACAUACUACUUCUGGCAUUUUAACUUGUCAAGGUUCCAGAUUGAAAGCAGAGCAACGGAUGAAGAAAUGAAAGCGGACUGUCUUCAAGACAGACAUUUGAUUUUAAAUAUUGCAUUAAUUCUUAAUAUGCUGGGAAUCUUAAAUAUGAUGUAAUUCAUUUGUAAAUGUAUUUGCAUUGUAUCAAGCAGUGUUUGGUGCCACAUGAUUAAGACCCGAUCAUGGGUCAAAUUUGCUUUACUAUUUUACGUUUUUCAAUGUUUUUAUGUGCAGCCAUUGUAAAGGAUAACACUAAAGCCAACGUGUUGCAUGCAUGUAAGCAAAAAAAACAAAACAUUUUCUAUGUUAAUGCUUUUUUUAUAACCAAUAUUAGUUUAUCGGACGUCUUGGAUGAGUGCACUCGUUAUACGAAAGUGCUGGCUUCGAGGCAUUUGCAAUGUCCAAUGAUGGCUGGUUCACAU